UUUAAGGCUUUUUGGCAUAUAUUAAUGACCGAUGAUCAGGAAAACAGAAAUUUUGACAAAAAAGAUGUAAAUAUGGUAGAAGGUGAGGCGGAAUCUGUUGGAAUAAUUCGACCUGAAAUGGUAGAUAUGGCACGGCGUUUUAUGAUGAUACCAAAAAUUCGACAAACAUCUCUGGUUCAGCAAAAACGGUUCUUGCUUCAAAAAGGUUUACGAGAAGAUGAAAUUAACGAAGCAAUGAAAGGAUUGCCAUUACAGCAAGAUAUGUGGCAUAUCAAUAAUACAGCAAUGGGGCAUGCAAUCACAUCUGGUUCAUCAUAUUUUUCAACUGGGUCAUCGGGAAUCAGUACGUUGUUGGGGUUAGCGAAAUAUGCAAUGAUUAUCACGGGUUUUUCAUAUGCUAGUUGGCAGUUGUUACGUUCAUAUGUUUUACCACGUUUCUUCAAUGUUUCGCAACCAGUUGAAAAAAGGAUCCAUGUUAUCGAAGAAAAGAUAGAUGAAAUGGAAGGAAUAAUACGGGAUGUAACGACCGAAUUACUUCUAAAAUUACAAAUACUCAUUGAUAAACAAAGUGUCACGGAUCGUAUUUCAUUUCAAAGCGGUAUUAGUUCAUCGAAACUUGACGACAUACAACAGAGUGUCGAGAACAUCAGUGCAAUGCUCGUGAGCAAGGAGAAAUCAUCACCAUUUCGAGCAUUAGCUAGAAAUCGUGCCGCAGUAGCUUCUCGUGUACUCAUACGAACUGAGGAUGGAAGUGGAUCUGGUAAUUCUGAUAACGAACGUUUAGAAGAUGCAUUUGUACCAGUAAGGACAUCGGCAUUGGCAAAGGAGCAUGGUAGUAGUGCUCAAGCAGAGAAAAAUGAUUCUGGCAGUGAUUCUUAGAUGAAAUCUUCACUUUAGAAACCGUCGUUAUGUAGCAAUUACUUUUUAUUUGUGAAAAAUUCUUUGAAUACCUGCAAUGACC